AUGUCCUUCACCUUUGGCACGUCGAGCGGGCAGGCCAGCACGCCGACUUCGACCGCGCCGGCUACUGGCGGCCUUUUCGGAGGAGCAGCAGGUUCAUCGACUCCAUCUUCCGGCACACCGUCGUUCUCCUUUGGCAACGCGGGCGCUGCUGCUAAGCCUGCAACUGGUGGCCUGUUCGGCGGAGCUGCUUCAUCAACGACUCCUACAACGACUGGAGGCGGUCUAUUCGGAGGAGCCAGCACAACGCCAUCUACGGGCGGUCUCUUUGGCGCCAAACCAGCUUCUACAACUCCCGCCACAACAGCUGCUACACCCGCUGCCGCUGCUCCUUCAGACAGCAAGCCGGCUAGUUUGUGUGGCAGCGGUGCUUCCACGCCGGCUUUAGCCUCUGGCAGUGGCCUCUUUGGACAGAACAAGCCUGCUGCACAAGCAUCUACACCCACAACAACCGCUGCACCUGCUGCAGGCGGCCUAUUUGGUGGUGCCGCCGCUGGUGCUGGCGCUACAUCCCUUUUCGGCGUCAAACCUGCUGCUGCUGCUGCUCCUGGAGCUGCCCCUGCAGCAACACCAGCAAAGCCCAUGUUCUCGCUGACAUCAACAACACCCGCUGGAGUCCCAGCUGCUGCAGGUGGCCUAUUCGGAGCAAAGCCAGCCGCCCCUGCGGCCGGAGGACUCUUUGGAGCCAAGCUAGCAGAGACUUCUUCAGCGCCAGCUGCAGCACCAGCAACAACUGCAGCUGCUGCCCCUGCUGGAGAACUAUUCGGUGCUAAGCCUGCUGCUCCUGCUGCUGCUCCUGCCGCAGGCGGUCUAUUUGGAGGCGCAGCAGCCAGUCAACCUGCUGCCGACGCUACUACCACAGCUUCCGCCCCUGGUACUGCUUCUUCUCUCUUCGGUGGUGCAAAGCCUGCCACAAGCGCCGCCCCUGCUGCAGGCGGUCUAUUUGGAGGUGCCGCUGCUACAUCUGCUUCUGCUGCCCCUACGACUCCUGCAGCUGCGCCCGCCGCUGGUGGACUCUUUGGAGCGAAGCCCGCAGCCGCCACAACCACUGCCGCGCCCGCUGCCACCACGACUACUGUUGCUCCUUCUGGUGGCCUAUUUGGGGCCGCUGCUCCCGCUGCUGCUGCGGCCAAACCUGCUGGUGGUCUCUUCGGUGCCCAGCCUGAGGCAGCAUCUACAACUGCUGCCACCACCACAUCUACCACAACUGCUGCUACUCCUGCGGCUGCUCCUGCAGCUGGCGGCUUAUUCGGCGCGAAGCCUGCUACCCCCGCUGCUACUGCUACAAUGGGCAAGACUGACGCCGCGGCAACGACAACAACUGCCCCAGCCGCCACUGGUAGUGCCUUGGGAGCCUCUACAACUGGCCCUCCCUCUCAGAUGGCUAGAUUGAAGAACAAGACCAUGGAGGAUAUCGUCACUCGCUGGGCCUCGGAUCUGACCAAGUACCAGAAGGAAUUUAAGGAACAAGCUACUAUCGUCUCUAGAUGGGAUAGCAAUCUCGUUGAGAACGGUGAGAAGAUCCAGAAGCUCUAUCUUGACACAUUUGAAGCCGAGCGCGCCAGCCAUGAGAUCGAGCGUCAAUUGGCUGCGGUUGAAAGCCAGCAAGAGGAACUUGAAGCAUGGCUCAGCCGAUACGAGGGCGAAGUACAAGACAUGUUUGCCAAGCAGCUUGGACCUGGCGAACAGCUCACCGGCCCUGACCAGGAGCGUGAGAGAACUUACAAGCUGGCUGAGAAGCUGACCCAGCAGCUUGAUGAGAAAUCGAGGGACCUUUCCAAGAUGGUCAAGGAGAUCAACGACAUUUCCGGCACUCUCAACAAGGGAACCAAGGCAGAGGACCCUGUAAGUGAAUCACUACUACUCACAUGCACCUUUACUAACAUCAAUCAGCUGAGCCAAAUCGUCCGCGUUCUCAACGGCCACUUGACGCAGCUCCAGUGGAUCGAUGCCAACGCCUCUGCCCUCCAGGCAAAGGUUUCUGCGGCGCAAAAAUCUAACAGCAGCCUCAGUGGCAACUAUGGCGGUGCUGAGAACGAUGCUGCGGAUAACCUCUUCCGCUCAUACAUUGGACACAGGUAA